AUGGCUCUCCAGGACUACACCAGCAGUGGUCUAGCUUACGCUAUGUCGCUCAUCACUUCCUCGGUUCUCAUAUACGCGGGCUACCUCAUACUCCUCCAUCCUCUACGCAAGUUCCCUGGGCCGCCGCUUGCCAGAGUCACCGAUUGGUUUGCUGGCCUCCACGCCUUCAAGAAGGACCUACAUCUGGAAAUCCUGAGAACCCACGACAAAUACGGGUCGGUUGUCCGAUUCGGGCCGAAUCGACUGCUCUUCAAUACUGUGACGGCUUAUACAGAAAUCUAUCAGAACGAUCGAGUCUCCAAGUCGCACACCUACGGGUCUGCCGUUCGGAACAAUGUCGAUAACGUCCUCACCGCCCGCGAUAAAAGCCUGCAUCAAACCAAGAGGAAGAUGAUCGCUCCAGCUCUGUCGGAGCGAGCUGUCAAGUCUUUCGAGCCGUCCAUGACCGAGCAUGUUACGGUGUUCCUGAAGCAAAUCCUCAAGGCCUCGCAAGUUUCCGAGCCAGUCAACGUGUCAGAACGAGCCAAAUACAUUGCUCUGGACAUCGUGACUCAGCUCAGCUUCGGCUACGCCCUUCAAGCCCAAACGAGUGACGAGAAUCGCUUCGUAUCGAAAGCCUUGGCUUUUGGACUCUAUCGGAACAACGUCUGGCACCAUCUCUUCUUCCUCUCCAAGUUUUGGGUCUAUAGCAUAUUGGACCGGGUCUUCUUCGAGUAUCGGGAAAGAUACUCCCAGCUGCUGGACAAGAUGAUAAAAUCGCGCAUGGCCCGUGGAACGAACGAUGAACGCGACUUCUAUUCCUUCCUUGCUGAGCUCGACCCGGAUCACGCAGCCAAUGUGCGGAAGAGCGGACUUUGGUGGGAAGCUCAUUUCCUUGUCAUUGCAGGGUCAGACACCUCGGCGACGACCAUAGCCGCCACUCUCUUCUAUCUGUCUCGGAACCCUCAAUGCUACCAACAGCUGGCCAACGAAAUCCGCUCCACCUUCGCAUGCACGCAGGACAUCAAAGGCGGGCCUCGGUUGGCGGGUUGCCACUACCUCCGUGCGUGCAUUGACGAAGCCCUGCGGUUGGCGCCCCCGGUCCCCGGAACACUAUGGAGAACACAAGACCCGGACGAUGACCAGCCCCUGGUUAUCGACGGACAUGUCGUACCCAAGGGCACCAUCUUUGGUGUGAGCUCGUAUGCGAUCCAUCACAACGAGGCAUACUUCCCGGACCCAUUUGCUUUCAAGCCGGAACGGUGGCUCGAGGAGCAUCCUGCGGGGGCCAAGCACUUGUCUAAUGCCUUCGCGGCCUUCUCAGUCGGUGCUCGUGGCUGUGCAGGAAAGGCCAUGGCCUAUCUAGAACUCCGCCUCGUUCUAGCGAGAACGCUGUGGUACUUUGGCUUUGAGGCGGCAUCCGGCUCACUUGGGGAAGUUGGGGGCGGCAGGGCGGGUGGCCCCUCGGGCAGGGAGAGGCCGGGCGAGUUCCAGGUGGAGGAUAUCUUCACCGCGCGACACGACGGUCCCUAUCUCGUCUUCCAUCCUCGAGGAGAACUGUGGAAAGAACUGGAGUCGCCAUCUUGA